AUGUCGAAUUAUCCUCGUCCACCUACAUUUGGGACCCCUUUCAACCCUAACGUCCACAUGGAACCUCCAGUUGGCAGCUACGAUAAUGGUCUACCUCAAUACCCGUAUCCAUAUCAAAAUGCUUCGUCUCUGUAUGGCCAAGGCCAAAUGAAUGGUAUGCCUAUAGUACCACAUACAAAUGCGAAUACCCAUUCCUUUCAUUCAAAUACUCAAGGUGUGACAACACCCAGCUCUGGGAACGAAAUCUAUGGAGCCCCAUACCCAUCUCAUGGUGGGCAAAUCCAAUACAGUGCCUUUCAAUCUCCAGCAUUCCCUCCAACGCCGUCUGCGCAUGGUGUGCCUUCUUACGAAGCUCAAAACUCUACUCAACCUUCCACAAGUUCAAAUCUUCCUUCAAAUCCUGGUACUGUCUUCUCAAAUCUUCAGGCUGCCGCGGAGGUCCAAAGCACGAACAUUAGGGACUCAGAUACGGUUCCACCUGCAUUGUCCGAACUAGAAGACGGCGAACUUGACGACGGAGAAAUCGAGAAAUCAACCCGUCAUUCAAGAGCGAGUACGGCGACCUUUUCAGGAAUGGCGCAACACAAGCGACAUGAGGACGAAGACCCUGCAGACAGAGAAUCCGGUCACCGUGUUGCAAACGCUCCAAAUAAACCGCUUCCUGGGCUCAUUCGAGACUCGCUUGCUGCGCCAAAUUCUCCGCGCUCCACUGCAUCGCAACCUCGCCCAUAUCCCAUGCGGAACGGCUUCAUCAAUCAUCUAGAUGAUCCUCUGUUUUCGCGGACGGCAGAGAACACAUCAGCCCAGCCUCAGCUGUCAAUGGAUACCGUUGCACAAGGAUCUAAGGAAGCAAGUCUGCGAUUGGUAGAUCAAAAGAUGGACGAAGCCAAACAAGCAUUACGAGACUUGCAUUCGGAAGGGUUUGACUUCAACCGAAUUAUCAAUGCGGGCUUGAAUCCUGAUAUACUCCGGAAACUCUACACCAAUAUCGGGCUACCAGUCACAGCUUCUUCAAAUCUACUGCAACAGAAAAUCAUGAAACCACGAGUUGGCGCUAGAGACGUGCCGACUGAAAGCACACCAGGUGAGGCAAUUGUGGGCAUUCACGACCAACAUCCCAAACCGCCACAGAGAGGCUCAAAUGACAGCGUCCUUGGCGAUGACACGUUUCCACAUCUGGUAAACGAGGAAGGCAAGAUCAACAGCCAACCCACUGUUGCAGCGAACAAGAACGAGGAGAAGUCAGUGCAGAGUCAAGCCAGCUCAGCGAAACUAUCGAAAUCCUCGAGUUUGAAUCCAUUAGGUAAAGCUACCGGGAUCAAAGCUGGCGAGACAAAAAUACUCGAUCGCAAAGAAUAUAUUGCCCGAAUGCUAGCAGCUAAGGCUGGCAAGCCCACCGUCAGCGCCACUACCCCUGUGUCCCCUAAAUUAUCCACUAUCACAGACUCGGGAACAUCUGCUCAAGUCCAGUCGUCAGACGCUGCCUCAGCGAUUGUUCCGGCUACCGCUCAGCAAGCACCAAGUGAAUCGGUCGAUACCGCACAGGGAAUUCAAAACGAAGAUUCGGAUGUAGAAGCGAAACGAAAAGCUCAGACAGAUCUAGCACGUCAGAAGAUUGAGGCACUAAAAUUUCGUGAGAGCAUUCAACAACAGGCUCGAUCAACAACCAGCAGUGAUGCAAUGAGACACAGUCAGCAACCUCUCGCCAAAGGUGUUCCAAACAUCCCAGCUGAAAGCUCUAUUCCAACAUCUCGACCUGUACCCAGUCGCCAAAGCUCUUACUUUUCGCCAGCAAGCCAGAAGCCCCCCUUUAGCAUCCCGGGACUGUUUAUGACAUCAGGUGCUCCGGAACCUGUAAACCCUUCGCAACCACUCGCGAACGAGGGCUUCGCAGUCUCACCGCAGACAGUCGGUUUAGUCACCUUCGUUGCGUCAAAGCAAGGCUUUCGUCCACACGCUGCGGUCUCGGCUCAGUCUCCAACUACAGAUGAGACACCGCGAUUACCCGAAACUUCCUUCGAUCUGAAAUUUGCUUUACCAGCCACCAUCGCAACAACAGUUUCACCCAACCGAAAGCGCCAGAAAGCUUCUGACUUCAUCGAUUCACCUUCCACCAGGGUAAAGAGACCACUGGGGCAGCAAGAGGAUACCAGUGUCAUUAUAGACAUUAGCGACGAUGAGGUGAGCAAUAACACCUCGGGAGAUGAAUCCUUAGACACAGACAUUGCCGGUCGUCGGGAUUCUCUAUCAAGAAAUUCUCAAGUCAUUGCUCCAGGCAAUGGCAAUGAGAGACUGGUCAAGAGCCUGCCUCCGCUGACUGAUUUUCCGCCACGCAAGAAAACAGUUGUUAUGACGCCUCCUGCUGCGCAAGUCUCGGGGCAAAGUGGCGAUCUGAAAGGUCUAAAAUCGAAGGAGAUGGAAAUCGAAGUCAUGAAUCGCAAAAUUGCUGAGCUCGAGCAGCGUAUCGCUAUUAAGGCAAAGCAAACUACAAGCCGCACUCACAGUCCUGGAAAUUGCAGUCGCGUGACAACUUCACCACCUCCAGGUGAAGCUCCACAUCAGAGCAACGGCACACCGAAUACGCCCUCGAGCAUCUCAGACUCACGGAAUGGCGAUAUCGCACCUGUCAAGAACGGAGAAUCGUUCGCUACUCUCGCUGAAGGAAAUGAUUCCACAGCAGAAGAGGAGCUCAAUGCAGAGCAACAGUUAGAGGAAGUCGAACUAGCAAAGGCCGAGGCUGAGCGUUCCUUGGCCGCGGAGAUUUCUCGAGCCUCGGCAGCGGACCAAUCGCUUACGCAGAUUGAGAGAAUGCAAAUUCCACAAGCAGAGGAGCAGUCGAAUCUGCGGGGAGAGGAGCAGCGACUCAAAGACGAAAAGCAGAAGCGGCUUCAGGAUGAGGAACAGCGACGUCUGGAAGAAAGCCAGAGUCAGCAAGCGCGCGAACAAGACAACAAUAAUCUACGACAACAAGAGGUAGACCACCAUCUUCAGGAGCAAGAACAGAGGCGGGCGCAAGAGGCACGACUGAAGCACUUGCAAGAGCGAGAACGGAAAACAUCCCUCGGCAACCAACGGCAGGCUCGAAAGACCGAAAUAGAGUCUGGAUUGCCACUCCUCGAUGCCGAAGUAGAGAGGACAAGAAUAAGGCUUGAGUCCUUACGACAAGAAAUAGUAGGUCUAGAAACUGAACUCCAGAAAGGCAUCGAAGGCAGGCAAGUUCUGAUUGAAGAGCUUAACAACUUGUCGCGAUCUGGAGAGGCCCUGCCUAGGCCUAUGGAUCUCGAUUCUUGUGACGUGGGGGACAUACCAAAUCAAUCAACAAGCAUCCAAGAAAUACCAGCUUUGACGAAACCCGCAGCGUCAGUUGAGACAGUCCCCGACUUGGAUUCAAUACAACUUUCGGGCACUGCCGGGGCCGGGAACGGUAGGGUGGUGCAAGACAAGUCGUCAACGCGGACGGCAGACAUUCGGAUGUCAGAUGGAGAACUCGAGGAAGACAUCAUGGAAAUGUCCCGUAGCGAUGUCGACGAAGCCGAGCCCUCUUUUCACAGCCCGAAGCCCUUGACUGAGGUUCAGGACACUUCUGGUUCUAUCGACGACGACGAGACUUAUGAGCCGCCCAGUGAAAUAAGUAUAACGCAACGACAGGAGCCAGAACCUGAUGCUGUCCCGGACCUCGGAACAGCGAAGACCGAUCGACCAGCCGCAAUGCAUAAUCCGCUUCCUGCUGACCAGGAGGCUGAGCCUAUAGGAAAGCCGAGUUCGGUUGAGCCAUCACCCGCCGCCAACGCUGGUAUGGCGGGUGACGAGCAAUCACAGCGAUCACUAAAUCGUAGUCAGUCUCUGGCUGAUGCUAGUGACCCCGAUGAUUAUGAACCGCCCGAGCCAGCACCAUUAGGUGAAGAGGUACCGCGGCCUACUGAGAUAUCGAGCGUCGAUUCGGAGAAAUCCUUUUCUCCACCUGAUGUUGAUAGUCAUGAUUUCAUUGCGCCUGCGAGCUUCGACUCAACACCAGCCGUUCAUCAACAGGUGAGUGUGGAUGCCAUUACAAUCGGAGCUGGGUCUCACAGUGUAAGAUAUCGUUCUUCUUCGCCGAAGCUCGCUGAAUCAAACCAGGUGCAAAAGCUUGAGUCCAACCGCAAAACGGGACAUUUUACCCCAUAUGAAAGUCCCUUGAAGCAAUUCAAGUCAUUUCGGUAUCAUCCUCAGUAUCUUGAGGAAGUCUCCAAUGGCUUUCGAUCAUUGACUUAUAGUCAUACUAUCAAUCCAGAAAUUCCACUUUGUCGCUAUGAGUUAGACGGCGUAUGCAAUGAUGAUUCUUGCCCGAGUCAGCAUUUGAGGAGCAUUGGUUUGAGUGGUGCGUUAAUUGAGGCUUGA